AUGGGUGCCUCUGGCCUAUCGCCUCCAGAGGCACGCGCCUUGUCCGACGAGGAAAUCAUUGAGAAACUGCGCUAUGCUCUGUGGGAUUCUCAAAGGAUUGACGAUCUCUUUCACGGAAAGACCUACCUCACCGAUUCCAAGCUAGACGUUACCGCCCUCCCCGCCUGCAUUUCACCCAAAUGGAAAACAUGUCCGGGGCUGCCAACAGAGCUACUCCGGACAUCACAGGCGCGUGGACGGGACACCCCUUUUGUCACCUAUUUCACCCACAACGACCAUCUGCUUCUCAUGGAGAUCCUGGACGUCAAGCAAUGUGCUUGGCCUGAACCUUCCGACAAGUUCUUGAAGCAACUCAAAACCGCUCAAGAGACCAAGUUUGGCCACUCCUCGAAUGGUCCUCUCGUCCCAGUGAUGCAAACACCCAAAUUCCCCUUGAUGCUCGUACGGUACUCUUAUAUGGAAGGACGCCCGAAGGGCGGUUCCCAGUUCUCCCUUUUCCUCGAAUCCAACAUCAAGAAGAACAUGCCUCGGGUGUCCGCCAAGCAAAGGCCCAUUUGCGGAUAUUUGCUCGUCUUCUGUCAAAUAACUCCGAACUCCUUUAUGCGGAAGGACUUCAGUCGUACUGGAAACGGCAUAUCGCAAGACGCGGUUAAAGAGACCAAGAUCAGCUUCUUUGUUCCUUGUCUUCGACUGCGAUGGAGAGUCCUGGAAGAGAUCGAAACUGGAGUUCCUAAUCAGCAACUGGGAACGACCUGUCAAGCUCGCGGAAAGACAGCAAAGAAGCUCACGUGCAAUUCGUGUAAAUCAGUGUAUUAUCGCAACGCAGAAUGCAACAAGGCCGACUGGCCACGACGCAAAGAAGCAUGCAAGACGUUUAAGCGCCUCUUGGACAACCCAUCAAGUUCCCCCCCGGAUAAACUCUACAUCCCUGCACCCAUCAAGUAUUCCGGCUCCACGUACGUAGGCGACUCCAUCCGGAAUGAGUACGGGGACGAGAGAUUCCUCCUACGGACGCAGAUGCCUGCUGCGGAGGAGCAUAUUGGUAAGGACCUCUCCGGGGAUCCACCCACGGUGCGGGAGCGAGGAUGGCCGCCGCGGAUCCCGUUCCAUCCACAGGGACGUAAGCGCUAUACGCAGGUCAUCAAGGCUAAGGGUAUACAGGGACAGCUCAUCUAUCUAUGGGCUAAGCGCGCGGGAGAUGCGGUGGAUAUUGAUCUUGUGGAUGUGUCCGACCAGAGAAAGAUAUGGUGGAAACACUCUCGGAACUCGUACUUGUGUAUCCCCAUCCGUUCUAGUGCAGUGUACCCGUUUUGCGGAGUUGAAAACAACUCGCUAGAACGUCCAUGUCACCUUUUCCCCGGGAGGCCAUCUUUUAGCCCAAAAGAUUCGGACACCGAAACGGAAACUCCCUCCCGCCUCCGUCAAAUCGUCCAGAUGAUCCUGCCUUGCUCGAGGUCGGAUGAGUCAAAAAUAUGGGUGCCAGACUCGGAUAUUCAAGAAAGAUAUCGUGGAAUCGAACCGAGCACGCCUCGGGCGUGCGACGCCCUCACGUUCUAA